AUGACUUGCAGUAGUUUCUGCAAUCGGAUCAUCACUCAGGCGCUUUCACCGGAGCUGAAAUCCGAUCGGGGGUGCAGACUGGGAGAAGCUGAGCCGUUGAUCGGCGGAGACGGAAAAUCUGGCGGUGAAAGGGAGGUGUUCGACGAUUUUAGCGACAGUGACGAUGAUUGGGAGGGCGUUGAGAGUUCAGAGCUGGAUGAGUUGUUCAGUGCUGCCACUGCAUUCAUUGCUGCCACGGCUGCUGAUCAGGCGCCGAUGAAGGUGUCGAAUGAUGUCCAGUUGCAGCUUUAUGGAUUGUAUAAGAUUGCCACCGAGGUGCCGUGUUCGACUCCCAGCUCUGAAAAUGACUGCCCGUGCCAAAUGAAGAAAAAAGAUGAAGGGAGAAGUGACACGCAGAAUGCAGGCUCCCAGGGGCCGAUGAGACUUGUUUUUAGUAGCUUCAUAUAUGAGGAGGAAUCUGGAUCCUGA